AUGAAGUCGGAGACUCGGCUCGACGCGGCGGUCUUCCAGCUGACUCCCACCCGAACCAGGUGAGUUUCCGAGGUCUCUGGAGGAGAACCCCAGGAACGGCGAGCGACCGGGGAACGCUGCGGGGAGUGUGUGUGUGUGUGUGUGGUGUGGUGGGUUACAGGGUCCUGCGGGAAGGUUGCAUUAUGAUGAUCUUGGGAGUUUAGGUUUCCUGCGGGUUUUGCAUGGGGUUUUGGUGGGAGCUGGGUGCUGAGGGAUCUGGGCGUGGAGGUCGUGUUGGUAGAAUUUGAUGUGCUGGAGUGGGCGUUUCCUCCAGUGAGAUAGACGUCUCCCACGAAGGAUGCGCUUUACCUCCACUUGGGUUUAUUUAUCUGGCUCGUGAGAGCUCAUCAGAGGGUAGCUUCUAUUUUCUUCGCGUCCGCAUCGGAAUAUUGGGAUUUCGACAUGAAUGAGUCGCUUACCCCAGUUGGGUUCUGGCGGUCAUCUCUCGGAUGGUCCAUUCCGCCAAAGUGUUCUUUUGGAUGGGAGUUAAGUCAUGCUGCAGAAGAAGCUACGUCUCUGCAAUGCAAUCGUUCCAUCUGGUCGAAGAUAUCCUCUCUGAUACCGAUAUUGGUCGAGUUUCUGAAAUUCUUGACAAAUGUACGGAUCAAGCAUUAAGAUCCAAGGAUGGAUGUAGGGGUCGGACUAUUUGAAUCCCCGCCCAUACCUCAGCCCUCCCGGUCCUUGAUGACAUUUUCUGUGCCUCACCGGUUUUGCCGUUCAGGCUCUUGGCUCUUUAUUUUGUGCUCCCUUCUGUGAACAAGUGUAUUCGGUGCUCGCUGUUCAUCAGGUGCGACUUGGUUAUCAAAGCAAAUGGAAGCAUGGAGAAGAUCGCCACCGGGUUACUGAACCCAUUUCUCGCCCACUUGAAGACAGCCCGGGAUCAGAUCGCGAAAGGUGGCUAUUCCAUCACUCUCGAGCCGCAUCCGGGAGCUGAUGCUGCAUGGUUCACGAAGGGAACACUUGAGAGGUAUGCAUCAUGUUUGCCGACAUCUAGACCGGGGCUGUGUCGUGAAUUCUGAUCUCCAUAAUGUUACUGCUCUCAUUAGGUUCGUUCGCUUUGUGAGCACACCGGAGAUCCUGGAACGUGUGGAUACAAUUGAAUCUGAGAUUCUACAGAUUGACGAGGCGAUUAAUAUUCAAGGCAGCGAGCAUUUAUACUUCAAAUCUGUAAGUGCAAGAAAAACAUUUCUGCAGCAUAUUCGUGUUGAGAUGGAAGUAGGGUGCAUUUUUAAUUUCAACUAAAAAAAAAAGGAUAUUAAUUAUUCCGGCGACUUAUAUCCCUGUUUUUUGUGUUUCUAGCAGGUUGAGGAAGACCAGACAGGGUCUGUGGAUCAGGCUGGAGGUACAUCAAAGUGAAUUGCCUCAUAUUCUGUUUUAUGUACCAUUACAGAUUUACCUAUUUUGUGUGCCCAUAUUAAACCCUCCAUUCUAUAUGGGUAGAACACUUCGUAAGUUAGCAUAUUGCCGCAGGGAUUUGCAUUUAGUCAUGCAAUUUCAUCGCAUUUUCUUUGUGGCAUUAUAAAGAUUUACAAGGUUGCCAUUAAGAAAAAAUAGCCAAUCAGAAGACUCUAAUAUCCUGGUUUAAUAACUGAUGAUAGUUGAAAAAAUCCGGCCUUAUUAGAAACAUUUUCGCGUCAUAAUGUCACAAAGAAAGUGGAUGAAUACAUUUUCGCGUCAUUCUUCAUUCCAUUGCAUUUUACCCCAUCUAAUAUUAUGUUUCUGCUACGAGCAUCCUUCAUCAGGUGCUUCUUUAUUUCUGCAAUAAUGUGGCGUGUUAGUUUAUUUCAGAAAAAUAAGGCUAAAUAAUGCAAUCAAGGUGUCAAAAAUGAAAACGGGGUCCAGCCCAGCUCUAAAAGUUCUAAGAUUACGCAUCGAAAACAAAGCAAUAGAUAUUUUUGAAAGCGCUAUUUCAUAUGCCCAAAUGGGUCAAGCAAAUGCAAAAAUUAUUUAAUGUGCCUGAAUGGGAUAGCCAUAGAAAUCCAUUAAUUUAGUAAGAUGCCCAAUGCAUUUUCCUUCUGCUAUUUCAAUAGGUAGGAGGAAGUCGUUGUCCUCAGAUGCUGCAAGUGCAAUUGUGCUUUAUCAGGUAACAACAUUCGGUAUUUUUUGUCACACAAAGCAUCUAUUGAUUAUCAUUGACUAUUUUGAUGCGGUUUCUUUUGUUUAAUGUUAGCCGGGGCCACAUCCUCAAUCAAGUGCCUUGACAGUUCGUGGAGAAGACUCAAAGUAUGUGCUUGUUGCUCUUCAAGGAAUCCAUCUCAUUCUGUAAUCAAUCCAUUUAUGACGAGAUGGGUGGAUCUUUUCUUUCUUACUGCCUCUCAAUAUCAGCUAAUUUAAAUAUUCGUAGUGGAUAA